AUGGCGUGCACGAAAGACCGACCAUCAACACCAGUACCUCCCCUAGACGGCAAGACAGCCAUCAUCACCGGCGGCAGCAGCGGCUUCGGUCUCGCAUGCGCCGGCAUUCUGCCCACCCUUCGCCUCUCCCAUCUCGUUCUUGCCGUGCGAUCGGUCGAGAGAGGGGAGCAGGCCGCUGCUCCCCUGCGGAACGCGCAUCCUCACACUAAGAUCGACGUGUGGGAGCUGGACAUGCUGUCGUACGAGUCUGUUCAAGCUUUCACCCAACGAUGCGCUACCCUCCCUCGCCUCGAUAUCGUUAUUCUGAACGCGGGCAUCAACAAAUUGGAAUUCGCCGUCUGUCCAUCUACUGGCCACGAAGAGGUGAUACAGGUGAACUACCUGUCCACCACGCUGCUAGCCAUACUGCUCCUCCCGCUCCUCAAGCCCAGAGCCCCGCGAGACGGCCCCGGGCGGCUCACGAUUGUGGGAUCUGCGAUGGGUCUGAACGCGAAGUUUCCUAGUCGAGAUGCCGUACCGCUGCUCCCGUCGUUCGAUAAGGAAUGGAAGGGCAUUGCCGCGUCAUCGGAGCGCUACAGCGUGUCGAAAACGCUGGUGUUCAUGCUGGUGCUGAGGCUCAGUCAGCUUGUCAGCGCUGAGCAAGUCAUCGUGAAUACCGUUGACCCUGGAUUCAGCGGUACUACGGGCUUUGCGAGGGAAGCGUCUGGUGUCGCGAAGAUAUUCCUUGGCGCGCUGCAUGCUGUUCUGGGCCGGAGUGCUGAACAGGGCGCCUGGACGUAUGUUGAUGCUGCAGUGAUUAAGGGGAAGGAAACGCAUGGCUCUUUUCUUGCGAAUUGGGACAUCUAUCCAUUCCACGAGAUGCUGUACACUGCGGAAGGUAGGCAGACGAUGCAACGCCUUUGGGACGAGACGCUCGUCGAGCUAGAGGCAUUCGGCGUCAGACAGGCUCUCGCUGCGAUGGAUAGGGACUAGCACAAUACCUCGGACACUCUUUCGCAGCUAUCACCUUUUUUUCGGGCCG